AUGCCAGCACUCCUAGACAACCCAGGCCAGUACCGCGAGCGGAUCUACGCCCUACCUGGACCCCAGCCGUCCCCCUCGUCGCCGCAGAACCUCCAUCCACCGCCACAGCUACACACCCACGACGCAUCAGGAUAUUGCAACGUCCAAUCCCUCUACAGCGGCGUCUACAUCGUCGACGACCUCUUCUCCUCCUCCUCGACCGCGAUCUCGCACUCCGGACAACCGCCCCGGGGAGUGGCAAGACCAAGAAGGCACCACUACUGCAUCACCACGCCACACCUGCUCACCCGGCAACCCCCCCGCGGCGCGGUGGCCGGAUCGAGCUGGCACUUUCGGUUUCCGGGCUGCGUCGAGUUCGGGCAGGUCGUCGCGCACAGGAGCUCGGGCAAGGACUGGUACACCAUCAUCGAGGUAUGCGAGGCUCAGUGGCCGCCGGAGCGGCAGUCGCAGCAGAGCAUUGUAUUCCCCAAUCACGGGUUGUGGUCUGCACGGGUCGAGUUGAGCAUGCUGGAAGGUCUUGAAAGGAGACGGCGGCAAAAGCAGCACCAGCAGUACCAGCAGCAACAAAAACAAAAACAGCAGAAGCAGCCGACAGAUGAGCAGCAAGACCAAUACCAAGACCACCAGGAGAUCCGGAUAUGCCACGGCGCAACAACAAACGAGCAGCAGCAGCAGCACCACCACCACCUCACCCUCUGCCGGCUGGGCUCCCGCUCGCGAUCCCUCGACACGGUGCCCAGCGUGAACCAUCUCGGCAGCUGCAAGACGCCGGUGCACAGGGUAUACAGCUUCUCCGUCUCCGCCUCCGCCCCCACCACCUCGGCCUCUGCCUCUGCCUCCGCCUUAUCACGGAACGGCCUCCUACCGGCGCCGCCGGCAGUAACAGUCGGCCAUAACCAGGAAGGGUGCCUCGUGAGUCGACACAGGGUAGCAGGCAGUAACAGCAGCAGCAGCAGAAGCAGGAGGCAAGGUGGUGGCGUCGAUGACGACGACGACGACGACGACGACGACGACGACGACGCCGUACUAGGGAUCAUCCUGUGUUUCAACGAGAAGCUAUCUGCCGUGCUGGUCCUUCCCGUCGAGACCAUCAUCGAGGCAUUUGCUCGCUUGGCAGAGCAGGAUGGGCAGAAGCGGUCGAAUGCCGAGCGCCCGCCAUGGGCGGUGGCAGAGACAGAAGGCGAUAUGGCGGUGUUUGUGGUGUAG